UGCUGAGUCGUGCACCCAGCAAGAACCAUGCUCCCGUGAUAUCAUCACCGUAGUGGCCGGCGCCAACCAUGGCGUUGGGGGGCAACGCGGUCGCCGGUCGCCGUCGCCACGUGCUGCUGUUCCCGCUGGCGUACCAGGGCCAUAUCAACCCGAUGUUCCGGCUGGCCGGCAUCCUCCACGGCCGCGGCUUCGCCGUCACCGUCUUCCACACCCACUUCAACGCCCCAGACCCAUCGCGCCACCCGGAGUACCGCUUCGUCCCCGUCCCCGACGGCAUGUCCGGCCCAGCACCCGUCGCUAUCGAGGACGUCGUCUCCCACAUCCUCGCGCUCAACACCGCGUGCGAGGCGCCCUUCCGUGACCGCCUGGCCGCCGUCAUGGAAGAGUACUCCAGGGACGACGUGGCGUGCAUCGUCGUCGACACUCACCUGCUGUCCAUGGUGAAGGUGGCCACGAAGCUCUCCGUGCGCACCCUCGUCCUCCGCACUGGCAGCGCCGCCUGCCUCUCGUGCUUCGUGGCCUACCCUCUCCUCAUCAAGAGAGGCUACCUCCCUGUGCAAGAGUCGGAGCUGGAGACGGAGGUGAGCGAGCUGCCGCCGUACCGGGUGCGCGACCUGAUGCAGCUCGGCAGGCGCCACGACCUGACGUGCAAGCUGCUGGAGCGCGUGGUGGGGGCCGUGAAAGCGUCCUCCGGGUUAAUUCUCAACACUUUCGACGCGCUGGAGCGGCGGGAGCUGGUGAAGCUCCGGCGUGACCUCGCCAUGCCGGUGUUCGACAUCGGCCCGCUCCACCUGUUCUCCCCCGCCGCCGCAGCCGAGAGUAGCCUGCUGCGGCAGGACCGGAGCUGCCUGAAGUGGCUGGACGCGCGGCCGGCAGCGUCGGUGCUGUACGUGAGCUUCGGUAGCCUCGCGUGCAUGUCAGCGCGGGACCUGGUGGAGACGGCGUGGGGCAUCGCCGGCAGCGGCGUGCCCUUCCUCUGGGUGGUCCGGCCAGGCCUGGUCGCCGCGGACGGGCUGACGCGGCUUCCGGACGGGUUCGAGGAGGCGACGCGCGGGCGCGGGAUGGUGGUGGAGUGGGCGCCGCAGGAGGAGGUGCUCCGGCACGCUGCCGUGGCCGGGUUCUGGACGCACGGGGGCUGGAACUCGACGACGGAGAGCGUGUGCGAAGGGGUGCCGAUGCUUUGCCGCCCGCACUUCGGCGACCAGAUGGGGAACGCCAGGUACGUGGAGCACGUGUGGAGGGUGGGCUUCGAGGUCGCCGGCGCGCUCGAGAGGGGCGGCGUGGAGGCCGCCAUCCGUCGGCUCGUCACGGGGAGCGAAGGCGCCCAGAUGCGGGCCAGGGCCGGCGAGCUGAAGAAGGUGGCGAAGGAGUGCACCGGCGAGGCCGGCUCGUCGGGCCUCGCCAUCGGUAAGCUGGUAGACCACAUGCUGGCACUGUAGGGGAAACGUGGCCGUACGCGUUUACCUCAUUAAUGUGCCUCUCGUGCUAUUUUAUGCCCUUUUUCACUGUCUUCAACGGUGUCAGUUCAGAAUCUCUGUUAAUUAAGCACGUACUACGAUAUACUUCCUCCGUCCCGUAAUGUGGACUUUUUUUGACAUUAUUCUAAUGUUAAAAAACGUCUUAUAUUAUAGGACGGGGAGUACUAUUUAUAAGUCAGUCUUCCCUUUGAUUCUCAUGUGUAAAUUGCAAGGAAAUUUACGCAUUUGUGUUUAUAUAAGUUAGGUGUGGGACGAACAAGUUGAUGAGGUUAUUUGUAUGUGUUCUCAUAUUCGUAUGGUUGACGCCAUUCUGGCAUAAUCU